CACAACGUCACACACACACACAUGCAAGCGCGCGAAGAAAACAAUAACAAACGAACAAUCCAAACAAAAAAAACGAAAAUUCGUCAUCAAGCGCUGGAGUUUUGGCCUCAAAAAUGGCUACCAAUCCGACGCAGACCCUCCACCAGGCGAUCCAGGCCAAAUUCGGCCUCCAGGGCGCCAGCGAUUCGCCCACAUUGGGCGGUACAAGUGGCACGCCCCCUCAAACGACGCCCAGAUUUGUUAUUCCGCAGCUGAAAAUUCCGCAGUUGCAACUGCAGGCGGCCACUGCGGAUGCGGCUGCCCAGCGGGAGUCCCGUCUGGCGGCGGAAGCCCACAACCAGUUGCUCCUGAACGAGAUCAAGCUGAGGCGACGCCAGCGAUCAGAGAGCGAAAACCAAUCGACGACGGGAGCGGGAUUUGUGAUUCCCCAAUUGGCGGCGACGACGACGACGCCCGGGAAGCCCCUGAACAUACCGCUCCUAGCCCGGCUGGAGCACGGUGUGGAUCGUCUGCGGAUACGGGACGAUGGAGGCGAUGGGGUCAAGGCUGGGGCCACGAUUACGUCCACGCCAGCACCACUCAUUGACCUCUCGUCCACGGUGAUAGCUGCCAGCAAGGAUGCACCGCCCAAGGAGUCGGCCAGCAAGGCGCGCCAGCUGACCAGCCGGGAGAACUUUGACAUACCCUUCAUUGCCUGCGAUCGCGGUAGGAAGAGCACACCCACCGGAGGUCUGCUGGCCAACCGCCGGCGGUCCCUCAAUGCCGAGGAUGAGGAGGCGGCCGAGGACGAGCUGGCCAACCAGGCGCCCGCGAAUACCGACUACCGGGAACAGCCAGGACCCAUUGGCCAAAUGCUAGACGCUGUGGUGGGCUAUCCGGAACCGAGGAGGCCCCGACUGGAGUACGCCGUCACCCAGCUGGAGCGGCAGCAUCUGAGGAUGUGCCAGCGGGAGGACUACGGCAGCCAGGUCAAGAGAUUCCGUUUCGAUACUCCCUCGCCGGAUGAGCUGGUCAAGCAGGCGCUGCAGAAGUCGUGGCGCGUCUCGCGCACUUGACUUUAACAUCCGUCGCAUCUUUAAGUUGACAAUUACCGAAAAGUAAAAUCAAAACCCCUGAAACUGGUGUAAUAACCAAAAAUUUUAAAAUUAUAUUACACUUAUUAUUUUAGUUCACCGUUUUAAAAGAAAUUAAAAUAUUAUUAACUUCGAUUACGUUUAUGAUUUUUAUUGCUUGUUUUUAAGAUAUAGUGGUAUAACAAAAAUAUACGCAUUAUUUUUCUAAAAUCUGAAAAUAAAAAUAUAUUAAGAAGUGAUUUUGAAAAGGUUUCAGUUCGAUACCUUAAAUAUUUCAAAAUACGCUUUUGAAAUUCCUACAGACCUGUUCAUCGCUUUAACUCUAAAUGUUUCUGCAACUGCAUGUUAUUUUUAAAUUAAGUUUCAAAAUAGCGAGAAAAUUAAAAAACAAAAACCGUUCCAAAUUCCACCAUUCCGUAUAUAUCGACAAACGGUCUCACUAAAAGCCCAGGUGUCGAUGUUAAACAUCGAAGUUUCGCCACCUCUAGGCAAAGUAGUCGUUUAACGUUAGUAUAAAACGUUAUGGAAUCUUGCAUCCCUUUUCUACUGACACUUACGGUAUACGGUGGCUUACGUUUUGCUGGCGCUUACGUUUUGCUGGCACUUACGUUUUGUUCGUUGCCGAAACGGAAGGAAAAUUGCUUUUUUAUUCUGUGUUCCGUGAACUUCGAGUUUUUACUUCGUUUGUUAUCUUUUCAAUUUCACUUGGAUGUGCGAUUGCCGACGCUAAAAAUACCAAUAACGAAACGCAAGAUACUAAAUUAGCCUGCUAGAACGCAAUUCGAAGGAGAGGAAACUACAAAAUUAUAGCAAGAAAAAACGAAAAACAAACGACGAGGAGGCGUUGGAAUAAUAAUAAAAAGAA